UCAUUUUGUAAGAAAUAGCAAAAGUGGAAACACUGUCUUGUCAUAGCUGGAUCCGCUGGUCAAAAUCUGCUCCUAUUAAACAAUACCACCAUUUAUUACGCUUACCAAAAACGAGUUCUGUUUCUGUACGCCGUUUCUUUAUGAUAAGCCGGAAGUUUACAAGAUCACUGCCAUUGGCUUUAUUAAGGAUGGCACGUAGAGAUUUUAAUUUUCACAAACAUUAUUCAAAUAGACAAAUGAAUUUACGUGUGCUUCUUGAUAUGGAUGGUGUUUUGUGUGACUUUGAAGGAGAUUUUUUGGAGGCAUUUAAACGAAAGUAUCCAGAUGAACCGUAUAUAGAGCUUGAAGACAGGGAAGGAUUUUGGUUAAGGGAACAAUAUGAAAAGAUGAAACCAGGCAACACAGCAGUGUGUGCAGCUAUCUACAAUUCAAGGGGAUUUUUCCAGAAUCUGAGUGAAAUCCCUGGAGCAGUAGAUGCUGCAAAGGAAAUGGCCAAAAUGGAAGGAGUUGAUGUGUUUGUGUGUACAAGUCCUCUUACUAAUUACAAGUACUGCAUAAAAGAAAAGUUUCACUGGAUUGAAAAACAUCUCGGAAAACAGUGGUGUGAGAAAAUCAUUCUGACCAAAGAUAAAACAAUGGCUAAUGGUCAUCUCCUUAUUGAUGACAGACCAAAUAUAUCAGGUGCAAAUUUUAGUCCUUCUUGGGAGCAUGUUGUAUUUACGGCUUGUCACAAUGUUACAGCUGAUAUACGAGGUAAGAGAAGGCUAGAGAACUGGAGUGAUGGAUCAUGGAGAGACUUGAUCGACGAUUUCAAGAAGCGUAUAGGAUGACACUUAAAUGUGCAAUAGUUAGUGAUAAUAUUCUGUGAUAUGGAUUAUAUUUUGAAAAAUAGGCUAAGUUAAGUAUGCUAUAACAGAAAGUACCUUAAUUGAAGCAGAAUGACAAUAUGUAAUGCUAUCAAAAAUAUUCACUGCUGCUGAAUGUGUUUUCACAUUUUAAUUUACAAUUCAAAACUUUAUAAUCUGAAACUCUUUAAAAUCUUUAAGGUACUUCUUGUUUAGCUGUAAUUUAUUUACUGUCAAAUCAUUAUUAUUCAUGGGGGAUUAUUUUCGUGAUUGUAACAGACCAUUAAGCAAAUGGAACUCCCAUUAAUUUUAGCUUCCAAAGUUAAAAUCUCUGAAUUCUUAACUCCACAGAAUAGCGGUUUUGGCCAAAAGUACAAAUUUCAUGCCCAUGUAAUAAAAUGAUUUCACAGUUACAAGAACUAUAUAUCUUAUAAGUUAUUAGUUUCUCAGGCAUAUGUGUUUGAAAGAUGUAUACAGCAGGACUGCAUUUUUUUUGUAGCAAAUGACAUUACAAUGUAUAAAAAAAUUGCAGGAUUUGUGAAGGGUUCAUGUUUGUUCCUUCAGAUUACCCGAGUAUUCUGAUUGAUGACCAUUACAUAAUUUCUCGGAAAAUAUGAUUAUAGCCACAUAUGACAGUUUCCUUCUAAUUGACAGAUCUGUCUGAAAUUUUGCUCAUUUGUUGACUUUGAAUAAUGAAUUAAGAAUAACCAAUAAAAGGUAUAGGCCUUUUC